AUGACAACGAGGGGAAGCUUCACGAUGGGGGCCAUCAAGGAGGUGGGAUACCACCUAGCUGGGCUACCCGUCCCAAGCCUAGCACCUCUUUUCACCAACGUCUACUACGAGUUGUUCAUUUACAACUACUUCACCGGAAACAACCACAAGUACUACCUCUUCAACCUCUCCGAUAAUGACGUCAUCCACAACGAGUUGUUCAUCUCCGACAACUUCACCGGCAACAACCAUAACAAGUACCACCUCGCCAGCCACGGCGACCACUUCUUCUACUUCACCUACGACAACCACUACCUCACCGACCACUACAACGACCACUUCGCCUACGACAACCACCACUACCACUACCACUUCCACUACUUCACCGACCACUACUACCACUACCACCACUUCAACCACCACUACCUCACCGACCACUACAACGACCACUUCGCCUACGACAACCACCACUACCACUACCACUUCCACUACUUCACCGACCACUACUACCACUACCACCACUUCAACCACCACCACCUCACCGACCACUACUACCUCCACCUCCACCACUUCACCAACUACAACUACCACCACCACCUCAUCGACCACUACAACCACUACCACUACCACCACUUCAACCACCACCACCUCACCGACCACUACUACCUCCACCUCCACCACUUCACCAACUACAACUACCACCACCACCUCACCGACCACUACAACCACUACUUCUACCACUUCCACUACUUCACCAACAACAACCACAACCGCUUCAACCACCACCACCUCACCGACCACUACUACCACCUCCACCACCACCUCAUUGACCACUACAACCACUACUUCUACUACCACUUCCACUACUUCACCGAUCACUACUACCACUACCACCACUUCAACCACCACUACCUCACCGACCACUACAACCACUACCACUACCACUUCCACUACUUCACCGACCACUACUACCACUACCACCACUUCAACCACCACUACCUCACCGACCACUACAACGACCACUUCGCCUACGACAACCACCACUACCACUACCACUUCCACUACUUCACCAACAACAACCACUACUUCUACCACUUCCACUACUUCACCAACAACAACCACAACCGCUUCAACCACCACCACCUCACCGACCACUACAACCACUACCACUACCACUUCCACUACUUCACCGACCACUACUACCACUACCACCACUUCAACCACCACUACCUCACCGACCACUACAACCACUACUUCUACCACUUCCACUACUUCACCAACAACAACCACUACUUCUACUACCACUUCCACUACUUCACCGACCACUACUACCACUACCACCACUACUACCACUACCACCACUUCAACCACCACUACCUCACCGACCACUACUACCACUACUUCGCCUACGACAACCACCACUACCACUACCACUUCCACUACUUCACCAACAACAACCACUACUUCUACCACUUCCACUACUUCACCAACAACAACCACAACCGCUUCAACCACCACCACCUCACCGACCACUACAACCACUACCACUACCACUUCCACUACUUCACCGACCACUACUACCACUACCACCACUUCAACCACCACUACCUCACCGACCACUACAACCACUACUUCUACCACUUCCACUACUUCACCAACAACAACCACUACUUCUACUACCACUUCCACUACUUCACCGACCACUACUACCACUACCACCACUUCAACCACCACUACCUCACCGACCACUACAACGACCACUUCGCCUACGACAACCACCACUACCACUACCACUUCCACCACCUCACCGACCACUACAACCACUACUUCUACCACUUCCACUACUUCACCAACAACAACCACAACCGCUUCAACCACCACCACCUCACCGACCACUACUACCACCUCCACCACCACCUCACCGACCACUACAACCACUACUUCUACUACCACUUCCACUACUUCACCGACCACUACUACCACUACCACUACUACCACUACCACCACUUCACCUACUCCCACUCCAACAAUAGAUUAUGGUACCUGCUCGGACCCGACCAUUAA